AUGGCGUCCCGGUUGACAAGUUGGUUGCGAACGUCCUUAAAACGAAGACCCGUGAUUACUAAUACUAUGGUCUACGCGACAUUUUACACUGCAGCGGAACUGUCGCAGCAAACUUUUAACAAAAUAUAUUCGCCCGAAAAACCAGAUAUCGAUUUGGUUUCUGCAAGCCGUAUUGUGGCUGUUGGCAGCUGUUUAUAUGCGCCUACACUUUAUUACUGGUACAAGUUUCUGGACAGAAAAUUCGUGGGCACAGCCGCGAAAAUAGUAGCAACCAAAGUUGUUUCUGAACAAUUUAUCAUGACUCCAGUCUUGCUCGCUGCUUUUUAUACGCUAUUAGGAGUCCUGGAGAGAAAAGAAGACGUAUUCAAGGAACUUAGAGAAAAAUACUGGAAGACCUUGCUCGCAAAUCAAGCCUUCUGGAUUCCUGGACAGAUCAUAAAUUUUGCAUUUAUCCCUUCUAAUUUACGGGUCGUGUAUGUGGCUUCUGCUUCGUUCAUAUGGAUUAAUGUUCUUUGUUUCAUUAAAAGACAGAAAGUUGUAAUAAAAACCAAUAUUUAAUUUUUUAAAACUUUUUGUUCUUUAGUUAAAUAUUUGAAGCUAUUUCAACGAUAGGAUUACCAUUUUUGAGACAAUUUAAAUAUAUGUAUUUAAAGAUAAGUGUGGUAGAAGCGUAUAAUAGUACUUACGUAUGUGCCAAAUAAAUUCGUACUGUUAACAAAUAGCAGUGUUGGUAGUAGUAGGGCUGUAUUUGAAAAAGCAAAGGCUUCAAAUUAUUUUCAUAGUAAAAAUUAUUUUUUGUUUCGGUCUUUUUAUACACUGAUCGAUGUUUUAGAUAUUAAAAUGAAACAAAUACGGAUAUAUUAUUUGUAAUAUUUAUUAAUUUAUAUAUUGUUUGUAAAUAUAUUUAAGAAUAAUAUAAUUGUCUGUACAAGUAUUGUUUUGUAGUAAAAUUUUCUUUAUAAUCAUCCUCCCCUGUGGAGGCUCGGAGGAUUUGUACACCUGUUUUCCCCAAAUCCGGCCAUGGCUUUAUGAUGUUAUAAGUACAAAUUUUUAUGUCUGCAUAAAA